AUGCUGAAAAGUGGCGCACCUACAGUUUUAUGCGCCUUGGAAUUAAUUGAUCGUGCGGUAGCAGUUGAUGCUGAGAUACGUAUCGUACCUAAAGGCGAAGACGACUAUCGGAAGAUAGUUCGUCUUUUCAAAGAGGAAAAUGUUCCUUACCACACAUUUCCCCUAUCCUCUGAGCAUAACAUCCACAAUCUAGAGGGAUCCCUUCCAAGCAGGAAAUCAAAGAGGAGCUCGAACAGAAGGGAUAUAGUCCCCACCACAUAA